GCCACGUCAGCCACCCGGGCCUGUUUAUGCUGACUUGCUCGCAGACAGCCGUCAUGGUCUAGAAACUGGGGGAAACGGCGGAGGCAUAUCAGGACCGCAUGUUGGCUUUGAUCAUAGAAGCCAAGCGGCGGGCGGAUGCAGUAGCAGUCGCAGAGAAGAAGAAGGCGGAGGAUGCCGAGCAGGCACGACUGCUAGCUCUUGAACAGCAGCGUCUGCAGGCCGAGGCAGCAGCGAAGGGUGCAGAUGAAGAACUAUUGAAGCGACGUGAGAAGAUUUUCAGCGGGGAGCAAGCAUUACUCACAUUGGCAGCGGAAUGGCGAACUGAGGCGGAGACAGGGAAGAUGGAGGAGAGCGAGAACAAGAUUGCCCUCCUCCUUUCCCAUCUCACGGACCUCCUGGCGACAUGCAUCGCGCAGCAGGAGGACAUUCACAGCCUCGAUGCCGAAGUCAAGAGUGUUCGCAGCCGCGUACAGCAGCUGGAGCAACGACCCGUUGCCGCCCAUGUGGCAAGCUCCUCCAACACAUCAGACCGCCUCAACGCAUUGGAGACUGACGCAUGGCUGGACAAUCUCUUGUCCCAGUACGGGGUGGUCGCUGUCAAGUUACACACGAAAAUCAGUUGGGAAGACCUCAAGGCGGCGUGGCACAAGCCGUUCCAAGUGGAGCCGCUAGAGAUUAAGGCCAUGGACAAGCUCAUGACCUUCGAGCAAGGCUCGCUCCCAAGCGUGGACUGGAUUGCCGAGUACCAACGCUUGACAUCCGUCCCAGGUCUCCCGAUGGGCUUCAAAGCCAUCAAGCACUACUUCAUUUCAAGGUCGUGCCCGACGUUGAGCAAUGCCUUGAUGCAUAUUGAGGACACACUGAUCACGACGGCGCAACUGUUCGAUAAGGCCGCACAGAUUAUCGUCAGAAACAAGGAGGUGAAGAACCUCACUCGUGCUGCGGCAGGCCCGAGCAAGGACCAGAAUCGGCCCAAGGUGGCCGUGGUUGCGGCGACAUUGUUAAGCAGCCAAUCUAGCGAGGCGCAGUCUGCCAAUGAAGGAGACAGACUCGCAGCUGCCCAGGAUGGUGGCCGCCCCGGCCGAGGCCGAGGACGCGGUAAAUCGAAGACAAACACCACAUCAAACCCUGGGCCCGGCGCAGCAGCUCAUGGGCCCUGGACCCCUUACGGUCUUUCGGAGCAAGCUUACAAGCAACACACGAAAUACCGUUACUGCUUGUGGUGCAACAACCUGCCACGAGACAGCGGGCCGCCCUACCAAGGGGAAAGGCAAGCAGGGAAACUGAGCGCCGCCGAGAGUGCGUCGACGACACUCUCGACGCCUUCGGACCCCGUUUCUUCGCGAGUGACCAGCCUUCAUUCUGGGGCGCAUGCGGAAGUCGAUAGUCCUCUUCUCUAUUCUUUUGAGGACUAUAUUGCCCGGCUCGUUCCGACGCUGGGAUCUUUUGCUCAAGGACAAGACGUGUGUGCGGCAUCUUCUCCUUCCGGCAGCGGUUCUUCUUCGUCUUCAAGUGGUUCUUCACGGGAUUCGGCGCGCGAGUUCAACAUAGAGGAAUUGAACCUGCUCACGUCUGAGGAUUUCACAUGGCUUUCUGUCCCGACCACAGGCCGCUUGCCGGGACCGCAAUGCGCAGCACUCUGCGCCCAUCUUCACAAGUACUUGUCCUUCUUUGCACCACCAACUUCGCCGACGGAUGACGAGGUCGCGGUGAGGGACACCUUGGCAUAUGUUACCAAGGUGGCCCGCGAGUUUCGCACGCAGCGGUACGACGAUAAUAACGCACCGCUGAUGUAUGUCCCCAUCCAAGUUGGGCAAGCGUCCUGCAGCGCUUUGCUGGACAGCGGCGCGAUUCGCAACUUCAUGAGCCAAGCCUUUAUAAAAAGGGCUGGCCUCGGCGCGCAGGUUCGAAGGAAGGCAAACCCGACGACGAUCAAGUUGGCGGAUGGAAAGACGCAGCAACUUCUCGACCGUUACAUYGAGGYUGUACCKGUGUACUUYGCACCUCAYGCAUGCGAACCGGUCACGUUCGACAUCUUGGACACGGACUUCGAUAUCAUCCUGGGAAUGCCUUGGCUCGCAAGUGCGGAUCACACGGUCAACUUUCACCAGCGGACUCUCACCGUUCGCGACGCCUUCGGCGCCGAGGUGCCGUGUACUAUUCCGCUUCCGCACCCUUCGAUCCGGUGCCAAGUCGUGACGGCCAAAUCGUUUCGGGCUACAUGUGCAUAUGAGCAACCCGAAGAGAUAGGCCUAUGUUUCUUGCGGACCGUCGCGGUAGCCGACUCUUCACCAUCGGACUUGUCUUCGGACCUCCGUGUGGUACGGUUGCUUGACGAGUUCGCCAACAUCUUCGAGUCACCUACCGGUGUGGUGCCAGAUCGGCCGUUCUCUCACGAGAUCAUUGUUGAGGCCGGUGCCGUGCCGCCGAAAGGUUGCAUCUAUCGGAUGAGCGAGGAGGAACUGGAGGUCCUUCGCGCACAACUCGAUGACUUGUUGGCCAAGGGCUGGAUCCGCCAUAGCAGCUCCCCAUAUGGAGCACCGGUUCUCUUCGUAAGGAAGAAGAACAAGGAUCUACGUCUGUGCAUCGACUACCGCAAGCUCAACGCGCAAACUCUGAAGAAUGCGGGGCCUCUCCCUCGUAUCGACGACCUUCUUGAGUGGUUGGGCAGUGCUAAGUUCUUUUCCAAGUUGGACUUGAAGUCGGGGUACCAUCAAAUUUCGAUACGCCCGAAUGAUUGCUACAAAACCGCAUUCAAGACACGGUAUGGGCAUUUUGAGUGGGUGGUCAUGCCUUUUGGCCUCACCAAAAGGCAUGCUUCAACGAGUGUUGGAGACGCUCCGCCGUGCCAAUUCCGAUGGGUAACGGACAAUAACCCGUUGGUCUUUUACAAGACCCAGGACACAGUCAACAGCACCAUUGCCCGCUGGAUGACCUUCAUUGACCAGUUUGACUUUUUCCCCGAUCACAUUCCAGGCAAGUCGAACCGUUUUGCGGAUGCUCUUUCACGGCGUCCGGACCAUUGCACCACGGUCUACUCGACGUUCAAGAUUGAUGACGACUUGCGAGACAGUUUCAUCCGCGGCUACCAGGCCGACCCCGAGUUUCGCGACAAGUACGCGAAUUGUUCCUCACCCAAUCCGGCACCUUCUCACUACCGGAUCCAGGAGGGAUAUUUGCUCGUCCACUCGCGGGGGAAGGAUCUUCUUUGCGUAUCGAGUGACCCUUACUUGCGUACGCGGCUUCCUGGCGAGUUCCACGAUGCUCCCGCCACCGGACAUUUUGGUGUCAAUCGAACGAUUGGCCGACUUCGCGAGCAAUUUUGGUGGCCCGGUCUUCUCGACGACGUCACACGCUACUGCGAGUCAUGCGAGAUUUGCCGACGUUGCAAAUCCCGCAAUCAUCGUCCGUAUGGCGAGUUACGACCACUACCGGUUCCCUUGCGCCGACGGGAGGCGAUUGCCAUGGAUAUCACUGGACCAUCCCCCAAGCACAAGACCGGUGUGGAUGGGAUUCUCACGGUAGUCGAUCGACUCACCAAGUUUGCCAUGUUUUUGCCUUGUCGCUAUCAUGCCAAGGCACCAGAAGUGGCCGAGGUUCUCUACGCCGGUUGGAUUCGAACCAAGGGUUACCCCAAGGAAAUCGUCUGCGACCGCGACACUCGGUUCAUGUCUGAUUUUUGGUUGGCACUCACCAAACGAUGGGGCUCAUCUCUCAAGCCUAGUUCAGCUCGCCACCCUCAGACGGAUGGCCAGACGGAGAGGGCGCACCAGACGGCACAGGUUCUUCUUCGCACUCUCAUCCGUCCCGAUCAGAAGGAUUGGGUUAAGCAGCUGCCGGAUGUCGAAUUGGCCUACAAUUCGUCCAUCCACCCGGCUAUCGGGAUGUCGCAUUUCGAGUUUGAGCAUGGCUCUCUGGUCACUUCUCCGCUGGACACCAUCGUUCCACGCACGGCCAAGAGCGACGACCAUCUUCUUUUCUUGCACCGGAUGCAAAAGAUUCUUUUCAAGGCACGCAAUCAGAUGGCAAAGACGCAGCAACGCAUGAGCCACCAGGCCAAUCGCCAGUGUCUUCCUUGUCCAUUUCGCGCCGGCGACCUCGUGUGGGUUUCCACCGCGGAAUUAAGCCUUGAGCAGGAUAUCUCUCGCAAGCUCCUCGCGAAAUGGAUGGGCCCAUGGCCAAUUGUAGCACCUGCUGGGCAUGCACCUGAGGGACUGUCCUUCACAGUUUAGGUGCCCGCCCACUUGCCCGUCUACCCGGUUUUCCAUUGCUCUAAGUUGGCGCUGUACACACCAGCAGACCAGGAUGACUUUCCCGGGCGACGAUCUCAAGACCCACCCUCUAUGGAUGACUUUCAGGAGGUCGGUGACAUCAUUUCCCAACGACGCUACGUCAACAAGCCGACCGA